AUGUCUUUGAAUGAAUUUACUGCAUGCGAUGAUGGUAGUGAAUCUGGUAAUGAAACUUUAUCUAUACGUAAAAGAAGAGCAAAAUCAAAAGUUUGGGAGUAUUUUACUGAGUUGCUAGUUGAUAGUGAUGGGAAAGCUAAAGUUCAGUGCAGGAAAUGUGACCAAGUUUAUGUUAGUGGUUAUGGUACCACAAAUAUGUUGAGGCAUAUUCAUUCUUGCCCAAAACGGGAUAUAGAUGAGACUGAUUCAUCGUGGAAAACCAUGUCAUUAGAUCAAGAUAAUUACAGAGAAAUGUUGGCUAGGGUCAUUGCAUUGCAUGGUUUUUCAUUCUGUUUUGUGGAACAUCGAGGGAUACGCAAAUUACAUACAUUUUUAAAUCCUGAAGUCAAGCAUAUCUCGAGGAACACCACUAAAGCUGAUUUGCUUAAGUUGUACCAAAAAUAA